AGCCGCUACGGGCUCAAGUGGCGCGGCUUAGCCGACUGCCUGUUUGGCACCAUGCAGGCAAUGCCGGAGGGGCCGCAGUCCCUGCCACCCAGGAAGAAGAAGAGGAAAACCCGACGAGGAUUCCUCGAGGUCUUCCUGCACAAGAUGCAGAAGCCAGAAGUCGUCCUCAUCAGCGUGUGGUGGUUCAUAAUGCUUGUCUUGGUGAUUUACAUGGCGGAAAUGGGUCCCAUUUUGUGGGAAGUGUGGAGGCCAUUGGCCUUCCUGCUCAGUAUCCCGGCACCUCAGACGGCAGUGAUGCGGGACAACGACGGAUGCCGGAUUUAUUUGGCCCCACCAAUGGUGAUGAAGCAAGUGACGGUUUUGGGUUUAGGGUUCGAACCAUACAUCGCAGACGCCGGAGGACGCCGAAAAAAGACCAGUGUUCCAAGAAUCCGGGGGUCGGACGUCCAAUGAAAUGGUCCGUGAAUCUGACGUCACGUGGUUCUCCCGUGUCAGCAAGCUGGUGUGGUUCUGGGGAGACGACUUGUAUCAGAGCGGUAGCACAGAAUCCAUUCAUUCUUGGCGUCUGACUCAUGGCACCAGAAGACCGAACGGUUGAUCUACAG